CUGUAUCCAUUUCUUUGUUCUGCUAAACACAAAGGAAGAUAAUUGGAAGAGUCUCAUCUCCUAUUGAGUCCUAUAUAAUUUAUUUUCCCUACUAUGGCAGUAAAUUGGGCAUGAGAUCAGUUUGAUUAAUGACAUUCAUCCAAAUACGUUUGUCUGUGUUCAUCAGAGCAGAGACAUUUUUGAAGAAUCCAUUGAACGAUCCCUUUACCGUUUCGCGAUGGGGGGAACAGAAUUGUCAGGGGUAUUCUCAUUUCUCCACGCGAUGGUGCUGUCCACCCGCGUAAAUUGUAAACGAUGGAGCGUGACGUCAAAGCGAGUGAGAGAGGCUCGAUGUAAAUAGAAGAGACGCAUGCGAACGCGUCGAGCAGUAGACGCGUCUAGCAGCGCAGGAGACACACACCUGAGGAAUAGCGGUGCGAUGGCCGAUCAUCUGAUACAGAUCGAUGACUCUUCUGCCGGAGUGAUUCGAUUCGCACGGAAGGGAGCUCUGCGACAGAAGAACGUGCACGAGGUGAAAAACCACAAAUUUACUGCUAGAUUCUUCAAGCAGCCCACAUUCUGCAGCCACUGCACCGACUUCAUCUGGGGAUUUGGAAAACAAGGCUUCCAGUGCCAAGUUUGUGGUUUUGUGGUCCACAAAAGGUGCCAUGAGUUUGUUACCUUCUCCUGUCCAGGAGCUGACAAGGGCCCUGACACAGAUGACCCCAGGAGCAAGCACAAGUUUAAGAUUCACAGCUAUGGGAGUCCCACCUUCUGCGACCACUGUGGAUCACUGCUGUACGGUCUCAUCCACCAGGGGAUGAAAUGCGACACCUGUGACAUGAACGUUCAUAAGCAGUGUGUGAUGAAUGUGCCAAGCCUGUGCGGUACAGACCACACCGAGCGCAGAGGAAGAAUCUUUCUUAAGAUCGAGGUCAGCGGAGAAAGACUUCAUGUCACAGUGGGUGAGGCCAGGAAUCUUAUUCCCAUGGAUCCCAACGGGCUUUCAGACCCCUACGUGAAACUAAAACUCACCCCAGACCCCAAGAAUGAGACCAAACAGAAGACCCGAACCAUCCGCUCUUCACUCAACCCCACCUGGAAUGAGUCCUUCAUCUUUAAGUUAAAAGCAUCGGAUAAGGAGCGACGUCUGUCUGUGGAGGUAUGGGACUGGGACAGAACCACACGCAAUGAUUUCAUGGGCUCCAUGUCUUUUGGUGUGUCUGAACUCAUCAAAGCUCCAGUGUGCGGCUGGUAUAAGAUGUUGAACGAGGAGGAAGGCGAGUAUUAUAAUGUGCCUAUUCCAGAGGAGGAUGACAUUAACCUGGAGCUGCGGCAUAAGUUUGAGGCCUGUCAGUUCAAUAUCCACUUCCUGAAGAAAGCAAUGCUGGGUCCAGGGAAGAAGGUCAGCAGUCCCGCCGAUCAUCGGCGCUUCAGUUUGCCAUCUGGAAACAUGGACAGAGUUCAACUUAGUGACUUUCAUUUCUUGGCUCUUCUCGGGAAAGGCAGUUUUGGAAAGGUGAUGUUGGCUGAGAUGAAGUCGACAGAGGAUCUUUACGCCAUUAAAAUUCUGAAGAAGGAUGUGGUGAUUCAGGAUGAUGAUGUAGAGUGUACGAUGGUGGAGAAGAGAGUGUUGGCCCAGAGAGAAAAGCCUCCUUUCCUCACCCAACUGCACUCCUGCUUUCAGACUGUGGAUCGGCUGUAUUUUGUAAUGGAAUACAUUAACGGUGGAGACCUGAUGUAUCACAUCCAGCAAGUGGGCAAGUUUAAGGAGCCACAAGCCGUAUUUUAUGCAGCAGAGAUUGCGGUGGGACUCUUUUUUCUCCACAGCAAGGGAGUUAUCUACAGAGAUCUGAAGUUGGAUAACGUGAUGUUGGACUCUGAGGGACACAUUAAGAUUGCAGACUUUGGCAUGUGUAAGGAGAACAUGUUUGAGGCCAUGACAACACGCACGUUCUGUGGAACACCGGAUUACAUCGCCCCAGAGAUCAUCGCCUAUCAGCCGUACGGGAAAUCAGUGGACUGGUGGGCGUAUGGCGUGCUCCUCUACGAGAUGCUGGCUGGUCAGCCUCCGUUUGAUGGAGAGGACGAGGACGAGCUGUUUCAGUCCAUAAUGGAGCACAAUGUGUCCUACCCUAAAUCUAUGUCCAAAGAGGCGGUGUCCAUCUGUAAAGGGCUGAUGACAAAGCACCCGUCUAAGCGUCUGGGUUGCAAUCCGGAGGGUGAGAGAGAUAUAAAGGAACAGGCUUUUUUCCGCAGGAUUGACUGGGAGCGGCUGGCCAACAGAGAGAUCCAGCCUCCUUUCAAACCUAAAGUGUGCGGCAAAGCGGCAGAGAACUUCGACAAAUUCUUCACUCGCACACAACCUAUGUUGACUCCUCCGGACCAGCUGGUCCUUGCCAACAUCGAUCAAAGCGAAUUUGCCGGAUUCUCCUUCAUAAACCCGGAGUUCGUCCACCCGGCGUCGCUUCACAGCGUGGUAUGAGAUGGGCCGACCGGAGAAAACUACCAAUGGCAUCUGCGUUAUUUGUGAACUCACCAAAUCUUUUAUAGAAAGUUGAAACCCUUUAUCUGAACAUCUGAACUGAGGUGGGCUGGAGGGAGGGGCUUGAAGGGCCGAACGGAAAUGUGUUACCAAAAGCACGUGUCCGCAUUUAAAAGUCAUGUAGAUGAUAGAAGCUUUGUUUUAAAACCUAAUGAGCUGCCUAUGUAGACAUCACAUUCAGCCAUCAAAUGUGCAACGCCGAAGCAAGGACCGAAUUACACUGCCUUCUCAAAUGCCUUCCUCUAAGCUAGCAAGCAUCACAUUGAUCCUUUCUGGAGUACAGUAUGCAUCCGCCAUGUAGAGAACAACUUUAGUUACCUAUGUAGGCGUUUCAUUUUUGUCACGGUAGCUGGCUAUGUAGGCAACUUAUUCGUUUUUGGGCAAAUAUUUGGGAUGGUGGAAAUGGUGAGCAAUCCCUUUUUCCGCAGCUAAGAUUCUUUGUGUCUGCAGCAUGCUGACAUGAAACAGGUUUUUGUGUCCUAUUCCUACACUAUAUCCUCUCUACUGCCAUUUCUAAUGUUCCUGAACUAUAUAUAUAUAUAUUUGUAUCUACAAAAAUAUCUUGUAAUAGGAGUGCCAAAAUAUAGCUGCAUCAAAAUGUUUUUAUAUAUGCAUAUUGUUUUCCUACUAGAUAUUUUGGGUGUGUCUUGAACCGUUACUGCUCCAUGAUUUUUAGCAUGACAGCUUCUGAUCCGGUCUCUGCCUGCUCACCUGGAUCCUACUGUACCUUUUCAACAGACAGUAUGCGUCAUUUUCUCUCUGAUUCUCUUUUAGUUGUAUGAAUUGCGGUAUUGAAUGAUUCCUCAUUGGUAAUGGACAGGAAUAUGAGCCCAAAGAAGUUCAACACGUACCCUCACACUUUUAGUUAUUAAAGAAUUUGAUCAAAUUGUCAGCUUCCAAAAUGUGUAGCACUCUUUGCUUAUUUGAACUUAAUGUUUGCACCCAUUCUGCAGAUUUCCCCCCAACAUCCUUACAGAAAAUUAAGAUUCUGCAAAACCUAUGCCUUGGUUUAGCAGUGGUAUCCAUUCAGAGAAAUACAUUUGCUUAAUUUUGAUUCGUAAGGAUUUUCUCGCACAUUAUGCUGCAGGAAACUGCUACAGUAAACUUAACAUAGAUGAAACAUAUCCUGCAAAGAACACCUCUCCUAUUCAUAACAUUUUUAUUUAAUUUUUAUAUUCAUAUUCCCUCUACUUCUGUUUAACACUGUGUGAGAAAUUACGUUGAACAGUAAAAAUUAACAAUGUUAAAAAUUAUGUUAACAAUGAUAUGAAUUCCCAAAGAACAACUAAAACAUAUCAAUAUAAAAAAUUAAACACCCCUUAUUGCCUUGUGGAAUAUAAAAUUUGGGCUGAAAAUCUGCUUUGUUGUCAUUAUAAUAAUUCUGCAAUCCAAAUUUCGAUUUCAUUCAACGUCAAUUUCAAGUUUAAAUGUGUUACUUUUAGUGUUUUAUUUUGAAAUGUGACAGGACAAACAGGAUAUGAUGUCUUUUGUAAGAUGUUUGUGGGGUGGGGGGGUCAGAUAUGUAUAACCUCUCAUACAGUAUAAGUCCCUCUCUGCUAGUGUUUAUUGUCCUUUGGUGAUGAAUACUUUUCAUGUUUAUCUGUGUUCUGACGUUCUUAUCAUGAGGCGCUGUCCUUUCAUCUAUCUGAUAUUUAACGUCUUAGUUUAUGAUCAUCAUGCGUUUUCGCUGUCGGUAAGCUUGACGUAUAUAGAGCUACGUUUACUGUCACACUGAAGGUACAGACUAAACACAAGACUUUUGUACAUACAGAGAAAGUAUACGUACAUAACCUGCAAAUUUUAUACCAAGAACUGAAUGUGCUUUUACUAUCGUACAUGGUUUCUAUGUUUAGAUGAAAGAAGAAGAAUUAACCUGUUGAUAAAAACAGCAUUUGCGGGUUUAGUAUGUCUGAUGCUGGUUUGUGCUGGUUUAAGAUGGUCAUGUACUGGUCCUGUAAGAUGAUCAAACCAGCAUCCAAACACGCCUAACCCAGCAUAUGCUGUUUUUUUCAACAGGGUAUUUGUCUAAUUUGAGGUCGCUUUGGUAUCAGCAGACCUUUCUUAAAUGUAUUUCUUGUAUUAAUCUGCUAUGUUUUCUAUGCUGAUAAUAUAUACUGUAAGUGCAGGAGCACUGUGUUGACAGAGCGGGUUACGUGAACAUCAGAGCUCCUACACGUGUGUGUGUGUGUGUGUGUGCGUUUGUGCUGCUGCAGUGUGCAUGUGGCGUGUAAGCCAGUCAGCGCAUGCAUGACAGUGUCGCAUGAGUCCAGGAAUCCAGGAUCCUUUAGCAUGGAAUGACUGUCGCACCGAGUAAAAUACUCGCCCCAUCUUAAUUUAUCUUCCUUUGUAAUGUUUCUCUGUGUCUGUUGUUAGACUUCAAGACUUCAACUAGGAAGUAGACGUAAUGUUUAGAUUCCACCCGCUGCCGAGCGACUACUGGGUAUUAAUUCUGAAUUUGUAUUUGAAUCUGACAACAGGGGAAUGGUGUGAAAGUUGUGGUGUGAAGACUUUAACACAGUUCAGAUUAGAGUUAGGCACAGACAUGUUUUAUGAAUUCUCUGGUCUUGUGUAACUCAAAAUGUUGUUGUAUUACAAACAGAUUAGCUCAGUUUGGGCUCGGUAGUAUUGUGCCAACCCUCAUGUUAUCAGGUGCUUCAAUUUGGCUUCUGGUUUAAGAAUCCGAGCAAAUUUCGUUCAUCUAUUUUGUAUGUUAAUAGACCUCAUGUUUGGUGCAUGUGGCCAGUGUAUUGGAAAAACAGAAGAAAGUGGAUAUUCUAGGUGGAUUUGUUGCAUUUGAAUUAUUUACAGAGGAGCAGAAAUAGAAAGGAAUCACACAGUGUUUUGCACGUCAUCUUCCAUUCUCAAGCAGGUAAACAAAGUGUCUCACAUUGAGAGUUUUGGGGAAUGUCAAGUUUGGGAUUUCUGCAUGUUGUGAGGUGACAUCUAACAUUCCAACAAGUAUCUUAUUUCAACAUUCCUCCAAGCCAUUUCUUAUAAUAUUGAUUCUACCAGAAAAUAUAUUUAUUUAUUAUUAAGUCAUGGAUUCCAGGAAAGUGUUUUAGUUUGUAAGUUUAUCCACUCUUUGUUUUUCAUUACAAAGAUUUUGUCCCUCUGUCCAUUGUGAAAGAUAAUGUGUAUUAAUAAAUGUAUGAGAAAACCAA